GUUUUUUAACAUAAAAAAGUUAGUUGUUGCUAAAGUUUAGCAACAAGUUAUUAGUCAUUAGUUAGCAAAGUAACUGUUUAUUUAUACAAUUAAUGUGAAUGUGAUAAGUUAUUUGUGUAUAAGAAAGUAUUUUAAAAAGUUUCUUAGCUUAUCAUAUAUCAUAAAAUUUGUGUAUAAUAGUUAGUAAAGAGAUAUGAUUACAACAAUCGAAGCCAAUGAAGUUCAAACUUAUGAAAUUGAAACCAUUGGAAUUAAUCAGAUAACUUGUUUAAUUAGUGAAAACAUACACACACUUUCUGUUUUGGAUUGUGCAGUUAAAAUAAUGGAAAAUAUCUACACUUCAGAACUGUAUUGUUAUCAAAUGAUGAACCAUCAAAAAUGGAGGGAGGUGGUUUCUGGGCUCUUUCAGUUACUUGGUAAAUUAGAUAAAAGUUUUUCAGGAUCUGCUGCAUAUGUUAUUGGAACACUAUUUAACAACGAAGUAUGUAAGAAUCAGCUAAUUGAGUGGAUGAUUUCAGAUAAUGCUGAUGUUGUCAGCAUAUUUCUUGUAAAUCUGAAUGGAUUAUUAAGAUGGAAUGAUGAGGAAACCUUACUAAAUGUUUCAGCAAUUAUUAGCUCAUUGGCUGCUUCAUUUGAAGGUCGACUGUGGUUGUUGAAGCAGUAUGAAUUUGAUGACACUAUUCAACUUUUAUGUGAAAUGCUUCAGUCAUCAAGUAUUUCUUUGACGCAUAACGCAUCUCUUGCCAUAGCAAGAAUAACAUCUACUGAAGAAGGGUGUGCUCGUAUUAUUAAUCAAAGAUGUGUUCACAAGUAUUUUCUUACUUUUAUCAGCGCACUUGAUUUAGUUGACUGCCAGUAUAAUAUUGUUCUUACAAUCGCUUGUUUAUUUAACAUAGAAAGUUGUCAGAGAAACAUGCUUUCUUUAAAUGAAUCAAGUGAGAUGAUUGAAAAAUUGGUGAAUCUGCUAUUUGCAAGUAAAGCUGAGACCAGAAAGGGGUCAUGCUUUGCUUUAAGUUUGCUUGCUUUAAAUAAGCACGGCAAUCAACGUAUAUUAGAACAUCAAAGUAUGGAAAAGAUGCUGUUUGGUAUUGUUAGCUUUUUAAAGGAUACUCACAAUCACGAUCACGAUCUUUCUUUGUUUUCACUGUUCUUCUUAAAGUCACUGAUCUGUCGUAAAAAAAGUUGUGUUAUGUUGAGAGAUAAUAAAAAUAUAAAACUGAUGAUGAUGGAAGUCUAUGAAACAUGUAACUUAAACACAGAAAUUUCAGACAAAUUGAAUAGUAUUUUAUUGAGUAUAGAAGAUCUUCCUAAACCCCCUCCACCUUUAGUCAAAGUGAAAAGUGCAUUUUCAGUUAGCAUAAGUUGGGAAGUUUACGUUCCACAAAAUAAUUUCAAAGUACUUUAUCAUAUUAUUCAAGAUGGUGUUGAAAUCUUCAAGUUGCAUGGCUCAAGUGUUAUUGUGGAUGGACUUAAGCCAUUUUCCAAGUACUCAUUUGCAAUGUUUUACUCAAGUGAAGGUGCAAAAAGUUCUUUAAGUGAAGUAGUGUUCAUUGACACUCCAGAAUCAGUGCCCAGUGCUCCUACAAAAUUUUGUGUUCUUUUUUCUACCACAUCGAAAUUGAAACUUAGCUGGGAUGAACCUUUGGAAAAAAAUGGUGUAAUUAUAGGGUAUGAACUCUCUGUUGAAGGAAAACCAAUAAGUAUAUUUUUAAAGACAAAAAGUUAUAUAAUGACACAUCUACAAUCUUCAACUCAGUACAAUUUUGAGAUACGUGCUCUAACUAGUGAAGGAAAAGGAUUAGCAGCUUAUUUGACAGGAACAACAAAUACUCUUGAUUAUUUUGCACCCUCACCUCCUCAAUUACAUGUUCAUGGUAAAACAGAGAUUUUUAUUGAGUGGGAUCCUCCUAAAAAUCUUCUUGGUAGAUUAAAUUAUUAUGAACUUAGAAUGGAUAACAUGGUAAUAUAUAGAGGAAUUGAACGCUGUUUUACUGCGCAAGCUCUUCAGCCAACUAAAGUUUAUAGUUUUACAGUUUCAGCAUGGAUGAGUGAGGGUAGAUGCGAAAGUUUACCCAGAACACGCCGAAUCAGCAAGCAAUAUGUAAUUAUAUCUGUAAGAAAUUCUUCCAGAUGUUAUUGGCCUUUGUGAAAAAUUACCAGAUGUAGUUCUGUCUAAAGAUGUUGUUGAUUUUCCAGAUGAAAAUAAAGGGGUCGUUGAUUUUCCAGAUAAUAUUGGACAGAUGUUGUAAGAGUAAAAAAAAAACACAGAUGAUCUUGGACGAAAUUGCACAGAUGAUCUUGGAAUAGUCCACAGAUGUUUUGGACAGAUGUAGUAAUCUUUUAUCCAAAUUUCCAGAGUUCUUUCAGGAGAAAUAGAUCACAGAGAGCUUAUGAUCAUGUCUGUCACCAAUAGCUCAUAGUUUAUUCAUUAAUCUUGUGUGAUUUUUAAUUUCUAUGAUCAGGGUUGGGAUCAAAUAUGUAUUUUUAUUUGAAGUUGUAUUUAUAUUUGGUAGUUAUGAGGUAAAUUGGCGUAUUUGUAUUCGUGUUGCAUUAGAUUUAAAAAUUUCUUAAAAAUUUUUAUUUGCAUUUGAUUGAAAUAGUGUUUUUCCCCAUAAAAUCCCACUGUAAACAAGGUUGACUGGUGUUUUUUUGGGAAAAACUAAGAUAUUUGUUUGUUUAUUCUCUUCUUUUUUAAUGCUAAAAUAAGCUAAAAUUUAGUUUGUAAAGGAUAAUUUUUAAAGUUUUAAAUUUAAAUUGAUAUUUAUAAAAGACUUGUUUUCAUUCUUCUAUUUAGCAUACCAUUUUAUC